ACACAGCUAGUAAGUGUCAAGUGUCUGAGGCCAGAUUUGAACUCGGGCCCUCCUGAAUACAGGGUUGGUGCUUUAUCCACUGUGCUACCUAGCUGCCCCCUGGAACUCUAUUAAAUAAAGCAUAGGUAUUGGGACAGCUAGGUAGCACAGUGGAUAAAGCACCAGCCCUGGAUUCAGGAAGACCUGAGUUCAAAUCUGGCCUCAGACAUUUGACACUUACUAGCUGUGUGACCUUGGGCAAGUCAUUUAAACCUGAUUGCCCCCUCUCCCCGCCAAAAAUAAAGCUUAGGUAUAGCUUUUCUUUUUUAACAGUAAUUAAUUUAUUCUGAACUUAACAGAUACCAAAUACAAUGAGCAUUUCCAUAUACAAAGCAGAACAGAAAAAAGAGGAUUACACACAUGGCUCAGGUAUAGCUUAUGACAGUUAUACCUGUCUGAUAGGUAUAGGGCAAACUUUAUUUGACUCACUACAGAGAAGACAUAUGACUCAAGGGACUAAGGAGCCCAUGAACAAAUACACCAACAUAAUAUACUCAGCCAAUUUGAAUAUCCCAGGCUAUGGGACACUGUGCUGUCAAAUAUGGGACAAAUGUUCCUCAUUCACUGCAGACCUGACUGUCAGAAUGACACAGCAAAAACUGAAGGAAUUGACAAGGAUCAGACUUACUUCAGGGAGACCCCUCUCCCCCUCCAUGAUGGACUUUAGCCCAGGGCUUCUUGAACUUUAUCCACUGUGACCCCUUUUCACCUGAGAAAUUUUUACAUGACCCCAGGUGUAUAGGAAUAUAAAAUAGAUAUAAAUAACCUUUUAUUGUUGCCAAAUUUUUUGCGACUCCCACAUUCACUUACAAGAACCCAUAUGGGGUCUUGACCCACAGUUUAAGAAGAAGCUUUGCUCUAGCUCCCCAGCUGCAGAAACUGUGCUGAUGGUCCUCUGCCUUCUGUGUGGAGCAUUCUGUUGAGGAACCAUCUCUUUGGGAGCUCAAAACACAGACAAUUUCAAAUUUGGGGAUUUUCAAAUUUGGAAUUACCCACGAGAUAACCCCCCAGCCUGGGAAAGUAUUCCUAAGAACUCUUUGACUCGUGCCCAGAAAGGCAGAGGACGGCUAGGAAAGGAGGAUCUAGGAAUUCCCCUGUUAGGGUCACCAUUUUCUGCUCUUGGGGUUGGUGUUAGUGGGAGGGAGAAGUCCACUCCCUCCCCUCACUGCAUUCUGGCCUGGAAGUCCAAGGCAAAGAGAAUGAGCCCUCCUCUCCAGGGCAGGGAGGUGGUUCUUGCAGCAAGCCCAUCCCCCUGACCAAUCAAAUCUAGGGUGGUUCCAGUCACUGGAAACCAAUCAGGGCUUUCUCAUGUCCCAAGAGGCUCAGAGCACGUGUGUGGAGCUGCUCCCAACAGGCAGCCCCACCGCUAUGGACGUGUUCCAGAAGGUGGAAAAGAUUGGCGAGGGCACCUAUGGGGUGGUGUACAAGGCGAGGAACAAGCAGACGGGGCAGCUCGUGGCCCUGAAGAAGAUCCGCCUGGACUCGGAGACUGAGGGUGUCCCCAGCACCGCCAUUCGGGAGAUCUCCCUUCUCAAAGAGCUUAAGCACCCCAAUAUUGUCAGGCUACUGGAUGUGGUCCAUAGCGAGAAAAAGCUAUAUCUGGUGUUUGAGUUCCUCAGCCAGGACCUGAAGAAAUAUAUGGACUCAGCUGCAGCCACAGAGCUCCCUCUGCACCUGGUCAAGAGCUACCUCUUCCAGCUGCUCCAGGGGGUCAAUUUCUGCCAUUCUCAUCGGGUCAUCCACCGUGAUCUAAAGCCCCAGAACCUUCUCAUCAAUGAGUUAGGUGCCAUCAAGCUGGCUGAUUUUGGGCUGGCCCGGGCCUUUGGCGUGCCCCUGCGUACCUACACCCAUGAGGUGGUAACCCUCUGGUACCGUGCCCCUGAGAUUCUCCUGGGCUGCAAGUUCUACUCAACAGCCGUGGAUGUCUGGAGCAUUGGUUGCAUCUUUGCAGAGAUGGUGACACGGAAGGCCCUUUUUCCUGGUGAUUCUGAAAUUGAUCAGCUGUUCCGAAUUUUUCGAACCCUGGGCACACCCAGUGAGGCCAUGUGGCCAGGGGUCACCCAGCUGCCGGACUAUAAGGGCAGUUUCCCCAAGUGGACCAGGAAGUCGACAGAGGAAAUUGUGCCUAGCCUUGACCCAGAGGGCAAGGACCUGCUCAUGCAGCUGCUGCAGUAUGACCCAAACCGGCGCAUCUCAGCCAAGGCAGCUCUGACACAUCAUUAUUUCUCCACCUGCAAGUCAUGCUCGGCCCCACAUCAGUGCAUGCUGGAGCAUUUUUGCCGCUGAAGGGGACAGGUGUCCAGCUUCUACCCUCUUCCCCCUCCUUCUCAGGCCCGAUCCCCAAAGUCCCUUCUGCAGUUCCGGUUCUAUCUUUCCCUAAUACUGGGGCAGAAUUAUAGGCAGGAUGGGCUUUGUGUCUAGGUUCAGCCGUGUCCUGGGGACCCCGAGGGGCUAGGUUUGGACCAGUCCUUCUACCAGGUUAGUGAAAGUUCCCGUGUUCUUUGUUGGGUUUGACAGCAUCACUUCAGAGUGGAGGGCACAGAUGCCCCGUAAGGGAGGAGAGGCGAGAGAGCAGCUCCCUGGUACCUAGGAACACUGGGGGGUGGCACUCAGAGAAAGAGGGCCAAUUUUUUUUCUUAUCCACCUUACGCCUUAGGAAUUGAUCUCUUGACAUCACUGACCUUGUCCAAACUUUACCUUCAGCUCAAGAAUUUCAGGGUAGAGGGGAUUCUGCUUCUGCACCCCACUUCCAGCCCCCCUGCUGUUCUUUUGGGGUUUAAACUGUUUAGGAAAGAGUUUAAUUCCAUUUAGAAGAGUUAGAGGAGAGGGAGAUUUUUCCAUACAUGGUCAGUGGCAAGUAUGUGAGUUGGGUAUAUUUUCAGCAGUUAACUGUUUACCUGUGAUGCAUUUGCAUUCAUUUGGUCCUGGAGUUAAGAAUAAGAAAU